UCUCUCAUAGCCCUUAUCUUCGCCCAGGCUGCCGACACAACCACCGCUAUAACCUCCUCCAGCGACGAGAAACUCGCCUGCGUCAAAGCUACAUGCGGCACUGACCACACAGUCAAGUACAAGACGACUCCA